GCACUAGUGCACGCGCUUCGUUGAACAAGCUGUACAGUUGGACGACGUUAAAUCUAAUGGAACGUACAUCACGUCUAACAUGAUCGUGAUAUCCAUUGUCCGGGCAAGAACAGCGGCCAACAUGACGUUGCUGGCGGCAGUCGUGGCCUGGGACUGGCGCAUGGUGACAACGACGCUGGUCUUUCUGGCCACUUAUUACGUGGUGCGCUUCUACCACAAGGUUUCGCAAUACCCUAAAGGGCCGUUCCCUCUGCCUGUCGUCGGAAACCUCCUGACUCUGAGCAAGGAGAAAGAGGUCCACAAGAAAGCUAUCACGUGGUCAAAGUAUUACGGAGACCCAUUCACUGUGUGGAUGGGCAGUCAGCCGAUGAUCGUGCUCAAUGGGUACGAAGUCAUCAAGGAAGGAUUCGUCGACAGGCGCCACGAUUUCGCCGGCCGUUUUGCUACGAAACUCGGUGAUAUUCAGAGACACGACGACCACGACAUCGUCUUUGAAGACUACAACGACACAUGGAAAGUGCUUCGCAAGGUAGCUGUAAGUGCUGUCAGAAAGUAUGCAGUAAGCGAGUCCCUGGAGAAGCUAUGUACAGAGAUUGUGGAUGCCUACGUUGACUCAUUGGAUGACGAACCCGUGACAGUCGAUGCCAGAGAUCCUCCCAUGUUCAUCAUCUUCAACGUACUCUCAGUAUCAGCCUUCAGCGCCAAGUUCGACGCCAAGAGCACCGACCUUGCUCGCAUCAUUAACAUCAACCGUACUUUCACGGAAGAGGCACCAAACGGACUGCCUAGUGACAUAGCUCCCUGGCUGGGCAUCUUAUACCGCGCGCGAGAAAAGAAGUGCGAAGACUUGUUCAAGGAGAUGCGAUCCAUCGUCGACAGACUGUAUGCUGGAGCAAAGAAGACAUAUGAACCAGGAAAUAUAUCUAACUUCACCCAUGCCAUGCUGUCUGCAAGGGAUGAAGCCCUGGAACAAGAAAAAAGCGACGCCGAAUUUCUGACUGAGGGAAACAUGGUUCAAAUAUUGAUCGACAUAUUCGGAGCUGGAACUGACACAUCCAUUGGGGAGCUGCAGUGGCUACUUCUCAAAAUGUCUCGAGAUCCAAGCAUUCAAGAAAUAAAGAAAGAAAUCGACGACAAUAUAGGUCAGUCACCGCCAACAAUGAAGGACAGAGAAAGGCUACCGUACACUGUGGCCUGCAUCAUGGAGACGCUUCGUUUUUAUCCAAUCGCACCUUUUGGCCUUCCGCAUAAAACGUCACAUAACACGGAGAUCGCCGGUGUCCCAAUUCCCAAAGACACCAGACUGAUGUACAACAUAUACAACGUCAACCACGAUCCCAAGCUCUGGGCGGACCCCGACGUGUUCAGGCCGGAGCGGUUCUUGGAUCCAGUCACAGGAAAGCUCGCCUCCAAGGACCGCCUGCCGCCUCUCCUCAGCUUCGGCCUCGGACCUCGAACGUGUCCCGGAGAAAAGUUGGCGCAGGCGGACAUGUUGUACGUGCUCGUGAGACUCAUGCAGCGGCUCAGCGUCGCAGCGCCCGACGGCGCGAUCGGACAAGAAGUGGCGGCGAUGGGACACAGUUUCUUCCUCGUUGCGGGUCGCCAAAACGUCGUUCUCACCAAGUGUCGCUGAACGUUUUCGUGUCGAAGAGGGGUGUAUACCUGCAUGUAUCUGAGGUGCUCGGCGAUAAUUUGCGGUCGUCUUGUUGAAUCAGGAUGAAGUGUAGUGCAGCACCGUGACAUGGACACACCAAGAAGAAGGAAGGAUGGACACACAUCUCUUUAUUAGACACACAACGACAUUUUUAAUUUCUCACCAGCUGUAGUUGUAGCCGAGCCAUGUGCGACACCAGCUACAGGUGAACACACAUUUUAGGCGACCAUAUUGAAUACCGAAAAUCAAAGAAAAUUUUGAAGGACGCUUAAGCUUCGCCUUUAAGAGUGGAACGCGAUAGCAUUCAAAGAUCCCUGGCUGCUUAUUAGGCUUUUUUCUUGUAUGUUCAAAUUACAAUCCGACGCUAUCAUGUCUGUAGGUUGGGGUUAAGUCGUACUUUACCAUUUUUCGAACGAAUUUUACUUGGAGGAAUUCAAUUUUCGUUCACGAACGCCUUGAAGGGUCUGCCCUGUCGGGGUAGUUCAGGAUGAUGUGGUUCGGCAUGAUUAUUUCCGCCAACGACGCCGGCGCUCACGCCGACACCGACGCCGGAUUUUCUGCGACACGGGGCCCUUAACACUGUCGCGUUAUAACGUUCUGAAAACUUAAAAAGCCCGCAAACGACCACGAGCCUUCGUGAUAUACAUUUCGUAUGACAAACACUAAUCGGGGCAUCCGCACGUGCUCUAAUUUGCUUAAACGAUUAACUUUAACGUGGUUUGUGACACACAUGACUAGGGCAUGAGUACAGUUUGUCGCGGAAUAAAAUUUCGUUGUUGAAAGUAAGUGCUUUGUAACUGUCAUUUCUUGUUGUAUCCACGAUCUGUUCUUGCGCUACACUUGAUCCUAAUUCAAUAUUACUGAUCAAAUAGUCCACGUCGCCACCCUGAAGUCGUCACCAGCAAAAGAGUGCUGGAUGAACGAACUUUUAUAGAACAAUCGUGGUGCCUUAUGCAUUAAGCAGAACCCAAUAAGAACCACAAUAAGACACAAUAGGAGCAUACUGAGAAAGUUGACGAAGCAUACCAUAUCUUCAAGAACUAACAUUAUUGUGUCGGCUAGCUUUUCUUCAAGUGCACUGUCCGUUAAGGAAAUACAGUUGAACCCGGAUAUAUCGAAUCUGAACGGGAUCACAAAAAGUUCGAUAUAUAGGUAAUUCGAUACAUAAAAUAAAAUUGUGUACAAAAUUUUUCAAGGGAAUUUUACUGAUGUUCGCUAUAGACAAUAAUUCGUUAUAUGCGGGUUCGAUAUAUCCGGGUUUGACUGUACACCUGUUGGAAGACAUGUGAUUUGCCUUACUGUCUGCGCCUUAUUCACUGCUUGUCUUUUUUCGCAAGCGUAACAUGGGUGAGGGUUGCUUGGAGAUGUUUGUGUGUGUAUAGUUUUCAUUAUUUCAGUUGCGAAUAGCGCUGUUGUCAGUCGUCAUCUUCUCGCGUUCUGCUUGGCGCCUAAGAUACUGCAAUAAAUCUAAUAAACCAAGUAGACCAAAUUUUAGUUCGAAAUUUUAGAAAACCUUCUUUUUUAUAUUUAUGCUUUAAUUAUCACAGAACUUCUCAAGCAUUCGUGUGUGUGCUCGUAGUUGUCGUUGCUGGUGUCGUGGUUAAAGGGGCAACAACAACAGGAACCGGAUAUCUGUGAUCACCCUAUACUGUGUAAGUAAUUCAAUCAACUUCCCUGUUAUAUAUAUGCACAAUAAACGGCUUGCACGUGACUUGUAGACAUCAUUCGUGUCGCUUAUAUAUGAACACUUCAGGAAGCGCACUGAAUAAAUUAGUGAACACAUAUCUCAUUGCGGAAGUGAAUAUAACGCACUCCAUCGUGCUGCACGGCUCAACUUUCCUCUUGCUUACUUGUGUCCGCCGAAAGGGGAGGGAAAGGGGGCAAGGCGGAUGGAAGCAGCGCUUCGUUGGCGACGCUUCCCUAAUUUCCAGCGCUUUCAAAUGGGCACCGACGGUGCCCUAAUGCUAAACUAUAGAUCAGUAACAGGAGUGCAGUGGCCACUUCAACAAACGUGCGACACUUCUCUUCGUUUGAUGAGUGAACUGGAUGCUAAAGAAAACAAAAAUAGCAUUCGUUACGUGACAAACUAGAGGCCUAAUAAGAAAAUAGAGAUUGAUAAGCAUGCCUCGCAUUCUGGGAUUGCGUCUAGUCGUACGUGACUUCCAACAGUUGAGUAAGAACAGGUAUACGUUGGUAUCAAUGGCGAAUCGAACAUUCUUAUAUGAAAUUCGUGUGGUCGCGUGUUUUCCGU